GCCAGGGACGGUGCCCAGACAGAGGGCAGCGCGUCUUUCUGGGACUGAACCGACGCCAAGCGUGCGUGUCACCGAGCCCAUAUAACAGAGAGCAGCAGGCGAGAUACAGGCGUGUGCAUCCCGGAAGGGGACAGGCUGAGGACCCUCGGCAGACAGGAAAACCCGCCGGUCGCUGAGAAAUGGUUGGAAAAAACGUGAGUAAAAGCCUCACACUGAAGAAUCCUGGAAGGGUAGCAUAUGAUUCAGGUGGGAUAAAGAUGUUUUGGGAGAAAAAAAUCGAGCAUCACGCAAGACACCUGCAGAACGAGGACAUGAGGGUUCGCAGGAGCGCCCUGAACAAGCUCCGCGUGGGAUGGGCUGAGCAGCUGGAGGGGAGGAACAAGAUGCUGCAGGGCCCAGGGAGGUGCCCAGACGGGGUCCCAGAGGUCGCUGAGCCCCUCCACACCAAGGACAAGAUGGCAGCCUGAGGGCCUGCAAGCUCCAGGCUCUGCGUGAGCUUCCGGAGGGUCAUGGAGAAAGAACACCAUGGGUCCAAGCACCCACGCCAGAGUUCACAGGAUCUUCACCAUGGAAAUGGCCCGCACUUCGCUGACCCCGUAACAACCCCACCUCGGGGUCCGCGCUGCAGCAGAGUCCCAGGGUUCUCCAGCACAUAGCUGGUGCCCAAUAAAACCUAAGUCAAUU